AAUAUAUAAAUAACUCUAUUGCACCACCAAACAACAAAGGGGAAAAAAUUGACGCAAAGUAGAUCUCAUUUUCCUGCAGCCAAAAAUUGUUUUUGUGGCUUUUUAGGGCUUGUCUCCCAGGGAAAUUGACAGUGUAACUAUUGUGUAAUAACUGUUUAGCUGUAUCUGUGUAGUGCAACUCCCUGAGGCUGGCAUUAUAUUCCUGAACAGGAACAUCAUCUUUCUGAAAGUGUAAUAUUCUAAAUAAUGACUGUACUUUGUAAGUACAUAAGAUAGAGGAAAUGGAAGCCACCUUACUGCUGAAUGAGGAGUACAUUCUCAUUGAGCACAAUUUUAAUAAACUUGUAUGCAUCAAUUUCAUACUGAUUUGUUUGUCUUAAUUUUACUGAAUGUCUCUUUGUAGACAGGCUGAUGGAGAUAAAUAACCGUUCUACCUUUGCAGCAGAAGUAGAAUGAAUCCCUGAUGGCAUGUUGUCAUAUAUUCUCUACAUAUUGCUUCGUUAUUAUUUGAAUCUAUAAAAACAUAAAUGUGUCUUGAUCUUAAUGUCUGCUGAUACUUGUAUAUGUAUAUGCACAGGUCUUUGUUUCUUACUAGCUGACAUGCAAAAUGAGAGAUGAAAAGAGGGUUCUUCAAUGCUUGAAUGAACAAGGUCAUAUUUUACUUCAUAGUAAAAACGUUAAUGGUUUCUGUCCUCUACGUUGUACGUCAGUGGGAUCACUCUACUGGGACAAGAUAAUGUCAUCUUCAACCCAUUGAAGGAAAGGGAUCUGAAACUGCUGAGAAUUCUGAAACUUAGUUCUUUGAUACUGACAUAAGUGGAAGAGAGCAGAAAAACCUGGAAUUAAUACCUGGAUGUAAUCUUUUUCAAGACAUGAGCUCUGUCUUCUUUUUUAAUAUGAGGGGUUUUUUUUGUAGUAGCUAAACAUUCAGACUCCUACAUGUCAAGGAUAUUUGUGCAUACUUAUGAUGAUUUGACAUAAUUCACGUAUUAUUAACCAUGAUGGCAACACAGACUUUAAGUAUAGACAACUAUCAAGAUGGACAACAGAUGCAAGUAGUAACAGAAUUAAAAACUGAACAAGAUACUGAUGCAGAAGGGGUGAGUCCUGCCCCUGUAGAAUCUCAAACUCCAAUGGAUGCGGACAAACAGGCCAUUUACAGGCACCCACUAUUUCCCCUGUUAGCACUAUUAUUUGAAAAAUGUGAACAAUCUACACAAGGCUCAGAAGGCACAACUUCUGCUAGUUUUGAUGUAGAUAUUGAAAAUUUUGUAAGGAAGCAGGAAAAGGAAGGAAAACCCUUUUUCUGUGAAGAUCCAGAAACUGAUAAUUUGAUGGUAAAAGCAAUCCAAGUUCUACGUAUCCAUCUGCUUGAGCUAGAAAAGGUUAAUGAACUCUGCAAGGAUUUCUGUAGUCGUUACAUUGCCUGCCUGAAGACAAAAAUGAACAGUGAAACUCUAUUAAGCGGAGAGCCUGGAAGUCCUUAUUCACCUGUGCAAUCUCAGCAAAUUCCAAGUGCCAUUGCAGGCACUCUCAGUCCCCAAGGGAUUAUGGUGCCAGCAUCAGCAUUGCAGCAGGGAAAUGUAACUAUGGCAACAGUAGCAGGAGGGACAGUGUAUCAGCCAGUUACUGUGGUCACUCCACAAGGUCAAGUGGUGACACAAGCACUGUCACCUGGGACUAUUCGGAUCCAGAAUUCUCAGCUUCAGUUGCAAUUAAACCAAGAUCUAGGCAUCUUGCAUCAAGAUGAUGGCUCAUCAAAAAAUAAAAGAGGAGUUCUUCCCAAGCACGCCACAAACGUGAUGAGAUCUUGGCUUUUUCAGCACAUAGGGCAUCCAUAUCCAACAGAAGAUGAGAAGAAACAGAUUGCAGCACAAACAAAUCUGACACUACUCCAGGUUAACAACUGGUUUAUCAAUGCUAGAAGGCGAAUUCUUCAGCCAAUGCUGGAUUCCAGUUGUUCUGAAACUCCAAAAACAAAGAAGAAAACGGCUCAGAACCGACCGGUUCAGAGAUUCUGGCCUGACUCCAUUGCCUCAGGAGUUGCUCAGCAGCAAUCUAACGAGCUUACAAUGUCAGAUGGUGCUGUUGUAACAAUUACAGCUCCAGUCAACAUGAAUGUAGACAGUCUCCAGUCUUUGUCAUCCGAUGGUGCUACUUUGGCUGUUCAGCAGGUUAUGAUGGCAGGGCAAAGUGAGGAUGAGUCUGUAGACAGCGGUGAAGAUGAUGGAGGAGAUCUCUCAACAACAAACAUCAGUGGGCUGGUCUUGGAUAACAGCGAUUCUCUGCAGUAGGAAGCAAGAGAGUGUGACAAAAUGUUUAGGAAAAAGAAUGAACUGACUGACUGUUUUUAUAGUUUGCACAGCAAACAUUUUACACAAGUUUUAUUUCUAAUAUGUUUUAUAUGUAGAUAUAGAAGGGUGCACUUUUUUGUAUUUCAUAGUAAGCUUAAAGAGUGUUUUUGCAGGUGCAGCAACUUCUUUCAAAUGUGUUUUGUUUUGUUUGGGGUUUCUUUUUUUUUUCAUUUCUUUUCCUUAUUUCAUAAAAUUAUAUCUAGUAAUAUAAAGAACCACAUAAGCACCCCUUUGUUCUAUGAAUUGAAAGUGCUGCCAUUUCUGAAGAAUAAUGCAGUUUCAAUUAACGCUGUUAUUUAACACGGCUUUUGAUGGGCAGGUGAUGUAUGUUUAAAGCAUGUGACACUAGUGUGUGGAACUUGAUCGUUAAUUUAGAUGCAUAUAUUUGAAAGAUGCUUCUGCACCUUAAAAACUGCUAGUCUGAGGUGGACAGCAACACACAUAAAAAGGAAAUGUUGAUGUGUGAUUCAGUAGCGAAUGUAUGGCAAUUUAAAUAAGUUUAGUUUCUCUCAUAGUCCGUGAGCCUGUUUAUCAUUUGCUAUGAAAACUCCUAUUUUUACCUUGCCGGGGUUAUUGGAUAAAAAAAAAAUAUUUUUAUAAAUUCACUAGGAAUUGGGAUGACGACUGUAUUAAGCAGGAGGUAAAAAAACAAAUUUCCAGAGGGGAAAAAUAAAUGUUUAGUAUUCCUAUUUGGAAGGUCUGAAAACUGACCCAAUUUAAUAAACGAGCCUAUGCUAGCAUUCUAUGAUUCUCAGCUAUCCCACGGUGAUAUACUAUAUUUGAUAAUAACAUAAGAAGGCCCCACUGUUUGAUGGGAUUUUGAUAUUGUCAAACAUUGAUUUAUUAUGUGUAAACUAAUACUCAAAUUGCAUUAACUCUGUAUCUAGACUUGUAUCUGCAGAUAUUUGCUAAAUGAGUAUUCAGGUAAGUAAAUUCAAAUACCCACAACUUUUCCAGUUUUAGAGAAAUUUAACAGUUUAUAGUUUGUACAUCUGAAUCUGAAAAAUGAAAAGGUGCCUACUCUACAGUCAUGAAUUCUGCAAUCACUCUGCUAUUUUAUUGCAUUUGAAAUAUUUUCCCCCUAAUACAAAAAGAAAUAUAACUUAAGGAUUUAUAUAAAAUUUCUUCAAAUAUGAAGGUUACUACCAGAAUAUACAGCAGGCUUUAUUAGAGUAGAAAAUCCUCGUGUGUCAUUUAAAAACUAAAAGCUAGUGAUAAAAAUACUUUUUUUGGGAUUUUUUGGUUUUUUGGGUUUUUGUGGUAACAGUUCAUUUCUUUUUUCCCAAAGUUUGGAAUCUGUCUAUCCAUGAACACUUUUGGAACUUUGUGUUUCCUGUUGUUAAGUACAAUUAUCAGACUCCAAGAGUCUCAUGGUAUGAUCAAUGUCCUCUUUUUCCCCCUAUCCAUUCAUCACAGUGUUGGAUUAGAUCAAAGCCAGAACUUCCUUCUGAUUUAGACCAAAUCUAGUUGCAUUUCUCACAUGACAGGGAAAAAGAUGAUAGCUUUUAGAAUCUUUAGACAUUGGAUUUGAACAAAGUCCUUUGGCAGAUGCAAAUAUUUACUUGAAUACUUAACUUCUGCUUCACAAAACACUCAGGCAUGUGCUUAGGUCCCAUUGAUUUCAGUAGGAUUAACGCAUGUACUAUUUGACAUGCUUAAAUGGUUGGAAGCUGGUCUUUAAAGAUUGUCUUCCAAGACAAGUGUAAGUUGGUAUGAAGAAAAACUUAAGAAAGAAAUGUCAGUAGCAUUGGCAUACCUACAUGGAGAGUAGUAAUAGUUUUCAGUGGCUAGUAGCUAUUUUGAACAAUUUGUGUUGGGUAUUAUUCAACACAAGUGAUGUUUCUGCUAUGAUUUUCACUGAUUUCUGGCUGAGAAUCUUGCUUCGUAGUUCAAAUGCUGUAAUGCUCUCCUCCAGCUGGAGUGGUAAUUUCUAAAGAAUUUGUUUUCUUCUAACUUCUCUGCUUUGCCACUAAUGUGACAUGUUUGUUAAAGAAUAUAGUAAAUGAAUGAUGAAAACUGUAAUUAGGAAGGCUUCGACAUAGCAUGACUAUCUCAAAGGCUGUUAUCAAAUACAGUUUGACCUCAAAAUGUUUAAAAAGACAGAUAUUAUGUACAAAUCAUGCUCCUUUGGAAACAUUCAACCUACUGCUCCUACAAAGGAUACCCAAGAUGACUAGAGCUGAGAGAUUCUGUAUUUUUCUUUCUAGUUGUUUUUGAUUUAACUCCAUAGGUGCUUUAUCACCUCCAGAGUUUGCAUUACAAAGUAGGGUAUAUUUGUUGGUUUGUUUGGGGUUUUUACUCAGCUACCCUUCUUGAUGUUUAAUAUUGCAUUAAUCCUUGUACCUCUAGCACAUAGGCAUAUGUACAGUCCACUUCUCAGUGAAUACAGGCCUAUGGAUAAAAAUGUGCUUUUCCAAACCAGCCUUUGCUGGAAGAACAGGCUAUUUCUCACUCUCUCCUUUCCCUCCCUGACCAGUUGCUGCUGCCUCAGAUCUACCAGCAGAACUUUCCCAAGCCUUCUUUGAGGAAGUCUAGGAAGCAGCUCAGCUGCACAACCAUCUGUUGUGGUAGCAAGUAGCCAGCAGAGAAGGGAAGGGUAAACCAAAAUGGACAAAACUUCUGUGGUUUGGAGAUAAUGUGGCAAUGGGCGUUUGCCCGCACUUCAAAACUACGAGAACUGAGAUUUGAGAAAGACAGAGUAUUAGAACAAUUUAAUAUCUGUACUGCUGCUGGAUUAGGGUUCAGGAGUAUGUAGUUUAUGUGUCACUUGGAAUUUGAUUGGAAACAACCGGGUAUCAGGGUUUGCAAACUUCUGAAAGUUUAUCUUUCAGAAAGAAACUGUCAUUAGCUUUUUUUAUUCCCCCCACCUUACCCCCAGCAGACGUUUAAUGCUUCUGAAACAUUUGCAAACUUGUAUUCAGUUAGUUUAUCAAUACGUGGAAAGUGAAGUUGACAGUAUUUACUGUGAAAGGGGGAAUACGGAAUAGUUUUACUGUCAAAUUAGAGACAUAAAAACAUAUGGACGUGAAUUCCCAAACCUGAAAAGACUUUACCACUGUAAUCAAAGGUAUUGCUUUAACAUAUGGAACUCAAACCUUGUUUUUUAGUUCAGUCAGAAUUCGGUAGUGGGUGUGAACCCUACAGAAGUACUUGUUCUUUUCCCGAUUAAAAAAAUUGAAUUGUGUCCUUCAUUUUUUGAUGUGCAAGAAAUAUUGGUGGUUUAAGCAAAGCAUCACUAUUCAGGAAAGGUACAUGUUUACAUUAGUUAAAAAGUCUUUAUAGGGGGCCUAACUUUAAACCCAUGUAUAAUUCCUCCCCGCCUCCAGUUAAAGUCAUAUUCAUAUGCAAUAGAACUGAUUUGUUUUUAAAAUAAAUUUAAUUCUUCUGCAGUUAUGAUUUUUGAAGCUUCUAAUUCUUUUUCAAUGUAAUCUAGAUCAUUAAAACAAGGUUCUCAGUCCAGUUUUCCCAAGAUUUCUGUAACAGGCAAGGCAAUUUCCUCUUGUUUCUUCAGAAAUACUGCAUUUUAGUAAAUCAAUUCCAGAUCAAUCAGGAUAUAUUUUUAAAUGAUUGUUCCAAAGAAAUAACAAUGUUGGGAAACAUUUAGAAUUGACAGGUGUGGCUCUGGCUCUGCAGAGAGUUUCCUAGAUCUGGAUAUUGGGUCAAGGCGGAGUCCUGCCAACCAUGGGGAAGCUCUAUAAGGCUGCAUGUCAGGCUGCAUUUUUACCUGCAGGAGAACUGGUUCUUUUUUCUGGUCCAUGAUCACUAUUAGGAAAGUUUUGUAGAGCCCUCCAGUUUUAUCUUGCCUCCAUACCUAGGGUUUCUUCCAGUGGAGACCAGGGUAUGGACAAAGGGCUUUGGAGGUCAGGGAUUCAUAUUGACCUGUGGGCACUACGUAUCAUUUUGACGUUCAAAAUAUGGCCAGUUCCUGUGCUUCAGGUUUAUGGAUAUUCCAGUGGAGUAGGGCCAUGAAGAUUUAAUCCAUGAAUAAUGUAUCUGUUUGUUUCUGGAAGAAUUAGAAGGCAGUUCACUUUCCUGUCUGUAUGAACUUGACAGCCCAAACGGUGAAACAAAGCCUUUCCCCAAUAGAUGAUAGUUUCAUAAAACCAUUAGUCUUGUAGCAUUUAAACAAAAAAACAGAACACCCUGGUAUUUUGAAAAAUCAGAACACGUGCAUUUAAUUGUAAGGUUGAUUUAAGAUUUAUUUUCUGAAGCUGAGUUGUCUUGGGAGAAAAAAAUGAGUGAAGUAUUUGUCUAUGCAAGACGCAAAUGUCAAAAAUGUGUGAAUUACCCAUUUUGAGGUGCUGUAUUGUUAAUUGUUUUCUGACUUCUGUUACUUUGAUUAGUCUUUUAAUCCUUUCAGCCAUAUAUUCAGCUUAGUUUUUAGAGUUGAAUAGGCAAAAUGUAGUUUUGAAACCCUGUUGGAAAUGUAACUAACCUUCAUUCCUUCAUGAAAAUCUCGCAUGUUAAACAAUUAAGUGAAAUGUUUUAGUUUCCUAAUAAUAAAUUCAAACUCUCACCACCUGCGAAAACCAGAGCAUAUCCAUGAAAAUGCACGUUUGAUUGCAGUGUGCAAAUGAUCAAAUCUUUAGCCUUAUGCUGAAUACACUUUGCUCUUUACUGUUCAGUGUAGCUGAAUAGUAAAGCAGGUUCAUUUUGCCCAACUCAGACUCAGCGUGGAUUCCUUCCUUCCUGUUCUUGGAUUGCUGAGUUCCUUCAAAUACGUUUUGAGUUGUUUUAUUUUCAAAUCCCAAAGUAACUUGAUCAUCCCAUGUGAAGUGUAGUGAAAUUGGCACUAAUGUGUUUUUAAGUGAUUGCCCAGAUCAUGUUAUUCGUUCAUUCUUGUCACCUGGAAAUAUAAAAUCUGUUCCUUUUCUGUGACUUAGCUCUUUAGGACCUGCUGAGUGAUAACAGCUGUCUUUGUCAGAGAAAAGCAAGGUGCGAGAACACAGUGAAAUGCCUUACCAACCUUGUAGACUACUAUAAAGAUACUUGUUUCAUGCUAAUAGAAUCCAGUGUUUUCAGGUCAUGACAGAAGUGGCCCAUAAAUCUUUCCAUGGGUUAGCAACAUUUGGUCUAUACAAUUGACAAUCUUUAAAAUGUGAACCCUGUAACUUUUUUUCCCCCCGCCUUGUUGUUAAGGGAUUUUGAAGCAACUGAUCUGUCAAAGGAUAAAAUUAGAAGUGAGAAUCUGCUUCAUGGGUGGUUUAUUUUUACACUACUGUUCUCUGUGAACAAAAAACAAGCACACUUUUAAAGCAAAGCAUUUGCGUUACUUUAAAGUUAACAGUAUUGUUUGCCUGAAAGACACGUUUUCAAGAAAUCUUGAGCAUAGUUUCAAACUAGUUAACCAGUGCUUGGCCAGGAACAAUCCUAGGCCUUUUUGUUUGGUUAGUUUUCCUGGUUUAUGCAAAUGAAGAAAAAUGUUUACUAGUUCUUACCAGUGUGGGGGUUUUAUUAUGCUUUUGUAAUUCAGGAGCAGCUUCGAUGAAAACAAGAAUUAGCAGGUAAAUAGACCAUAAUGUAUGUGACUUUGGGGUAGGUUUUGUUUGGUUGGGGGUUUUUUGUUGUUCCAAAAUGGUUAAUUAAAAUGGCAUGGACAUCAAACUUCCAGUAAUGGUUCCAAGCAUGUAUGGUAGGGAUGUACUUGAAAGACUUCCCCUGUGUAAGUCCCAUGUGUUAACUUGUUCAGCCAGAUAGAUUGAAAUGCAUUCUUAAAAUUAGCGUGUUCCACUAGGUCAGAAAUCCUCAGGAAAUUAGCAGCCUUUUUAUUACAAGAUAGAGAUUCCUCUGUAGCAAGAAACUCGUACUCAUUUCAUCCAGUGUGCGUUGAGUCUUACUCAGCAAAGAUGAAGACAGACAUGAGCUCUCUAUAGAUUAGAUGUACUUCUGCUUAGCACUGAAAUGUUACUUACUCCUUCUCUUGCUUCCGUGGCAUCUGGCAUGGUGACAUCCAAGUGCAGUCCCCAAAGAGUACAGCCCGGAGCCCUGUACACUGGGCUGCAGGAGUUGUGUGUCUGACUGUACUGGCUACAGCAGGUACAGCCCUGUGAUGCCGUGCCUCGCCUGGCAGCACAUCCCCCUGAGUGACAGCUGGACCUGGUGGUGACAGGGUGUGGGCACCUUCCCUUGGGUUUCAUGGGCUGUGUCAAAACUGUUCCGGUUAUAACUGUGACAGGCCAGGGGCUCUGUCACCUUUCUCACUGACUCUAUGGCAGAUUUCCUCCUACCCUGAAGAGCAUGACAGUUCUAAGCAUAAUUGACGAUCUUCUUAGAAAAUGAUCUUUUUAUGGCUGCUAACGUACUCCAGAACAUGUCCCCAAGGAUUUGGAUCGUAUUUUGUUUUUAAAGGGUUGAUCUGUGAUUAGCCGAGCAGUACAUGUUCUAGACACAGGAGUAUUUGAUUGUUUCUUUGUCUGAUGUUAAAAGAGUGCCUGAGAGUAGUGUGAGUUAACUCCUGGUGAUAUCACUGGGAAUAGUUUUAACUCCACUACUGACAGGGAACAAUUUUUUUCCUCAAUCUGAAGAGCAGAAGAAAACCAACCAACCAACCAACCAACAUGCAAAGCAGAUUAUUUUGUCUGAAUUGUGUCCCUUAUCGUGUAUUCCUAGUCUGUUGGUUUCAUAUUCCCCUGAAAGAUGAAUCCCCUCUUCAAUAAGACAUUAAAGGUAUUAGAGGUAUCGUCAUAAGUAACCGAUGACCCAGUUUGCUUUUGUGGAGCACCUGUUUACAAAACAGUAAUCCUUCAGUGUGCAAUUUAGGGCUGUUUCUAAAUACCCCUCUUUGUAGAAAACCAGAGCAAUAUUCUCAACACUAAAAUGAGGGAGAAAAUUCUGCAAGUAGUAUAAAAUGAGGAUUCUGCAAAAAGUAACAGGUAAAGCUGGGGCACAUACUAGAUACUGUAUUAUUUAUUUAAAAUCCGUGUUCAUAAUCAUGCAAAUUCAGCAUCUGCAGGGUAUGCAGGAUUAAGCCUGUGGUGUAUUUAAAAAUCAAAAUGUGAAACCACCAUUUAGAUACCCUACCUGAAAGCAACAGGACCUUCAUAGGUUGAGGUUGGUUGAUCUUCCCAAUGCAGCUGUGGUCUAGAGCUUAUGAAGUAAUUAGGGAAAAUCUAUGGAUAUUUAUCUUCUCUGUUGGUCUUUGGACUUUUGUGUCACUACCAGCACAAGUCAGAAGAUUAGGCCCUUAGGCCUACUCCUGACCUUUAUUCCUGGCACACUUUUUGUUAAGUUGGUCACUGAAUCCUACAUAUAAACUGAUGCAUAGACUAAAUGUGAAUGUGGAAAUAAAAUUGAAUUUAGAGACAUUCUUGUUAAGAUCCAGGCAUUUUUAAACUUAGAUUUUUAAUAGUCAUGAAAAAUAUGCAGAUCAUACUUAAAAGCUAGUGAGUGACUGAAAUGCCAGUUUUGCUGUUCCCCCCUCCCACUGCAACCUUUCACUAUGAGUUACGGAAUGCAGAGACUCUCCUUAAUGUCUUAACCUUCAUCAAAUUACAUUUACUGCACAAUUCUGCAUAGCUUGGUUUACUUGGUCUUGAAGAUUUAGACCACUUUUAGCAGAGGCUAGCACACAGAAAAGACAAGGAGACUUAUUUAUAAGGACAUAAGCAAACUCAGUUAACUGCCCAGGUACUGAUCUUUCUAAGAUAUUUAAGAGUAUAUAUGGCUCCAUGGGUGAGAUCUGAAUUGAGGCCAGGAAAGAGGGAGACAAUAUUUCUGUUGCUGGUGUCUUGCUGUAUUUUUAUAUUGGAACAAGAGAGUGAUUAUUUUUUUGUUUGACACACAAAAGGGCUGUUUUGCACAGCUGAUUCUGAUUAACUUGCUUAACUCAGUACUACAUCUGGAUUGAGACCUGAAAGCUCUUGAGAGUUUUGAGAAGCAUCAUCAAAUGAAACUCAGAAUUGUAAAACCAGAGAUUUUGAGAAGCUUGGUAGCAUUUGUUAGAUAAUAUCUGUGCUGCCUUUUCAGCAUUUCAGAUGCUGGGGCAAACAAUACUGCUUGUAAACGCUGUGACACUUUAAGCACCUACAGAAAUAAUUUCCUCUGAAAUCCUCCAGUCUGCUUCCAAACAAGUGGUUUUGUAUUCCUGUUCUCUUUUAUCUCCCCCUUUCCUUUCUUUGAAAACUGGCAACAAUUAAUCCUUGAUUACAUACCCUAGGCUUUUUCUUUUUCAAAACAGUCUCUUGAACUGUUAAUAGCAUUGAAUAAUGACUCCAUAAAUCGCUCCAAGACUCAAAGCCAGCUUUGCUGGAAAAAGCCCAACAACCUUCCAGAACUGAGUUGUGGAUGCACUAUGAAUGCAGUAUUGGAACGAUAACUGAAAAUAAGCUGUCCUUGGCACAGAUGUACAACGUUGAAGCUAAAUCAUUUUAAGCCUAAAGCAAUUUGUAUGUUAUUUUCCCAAAUUAAUGUGUGUCAUUUUUGUCUCAUACAUGCUUGCUUUUUUUUUUUUUUAAUAAUGUUUGUGUUUGCUCCAGUAAAAGGUCUUGGGCAUAGAAAGGCAUAUUUUAAUACUCUGUAUCACAAAAUAUGCACAUCUUAGGGAAACAUGCAAACCCCUCCCUAUUAAAUCAUGCAAAUCCUUAAUUUAAAGAAAUCACAAUAAAUGGUCAGAAAAAUCCAUUUCUGUUAUCAAUUUCAGAAGCAAAACAUAUACUGUAGCAAGUGUGCAUAUAUUGAGUUUGCCCUGAAACUCCUGAGCACUAAAUCCUUCUUCUUAAAUCCUUCUUGCUUGCUGUUCCUUAAUUUUGACUGAGAAAACCCAAGUGCUGGAUCCUCUGCUUUUCCCAGGGGACAUCUGUUUUAAAUGCUGAAUCUAGAUUUCUGGUCCCCCCUGCCCACCCACACAGAAGAAGGAAAGGCUGUUGCUUGUGUAACACAGAUAAAACAGAGAAUGCCUAAGAAUUGGGAAUUCUCUUAAUUCCAUGUGAUACUGUUUGCAAUUUCUUCUAAAAUACCUCCAUGAUUUUUCACUGUGAUACUGAACAAGGGGAUAGGGAAAGAAGUUGCAUUUAAAAUAUCUGCUUCAGCUCAGCAUCCUGGUGUAGGUCAGUGUUCACUUCAUCAUAUUUUUAUGUUGACCCGUUUGUGCGUGUGGGUUUAGUUCUUGUGCUACUUGCUGGUUAGUAUGUCGGUAUGCCAGGAGGCAUACCAGGGCAACAACAUAUGCCUAAAAUUUCUGAUCAGGAACAUGUUCAAAAGAUAGUGUCAAGUGUUAAAGUAUUUCUAGGGAGAUGUAGUCAAUGCAUUACCAACAAAAUUUGACUGUACUAUAUGUAAAAUGAGUUAUUUCAGCUUUUGACUCCGUUUUCACGGCUAGUUCAGGGAUGCGUAAGAGUGAAUGCUGCUUUGCACUUCAGAAACAAGUACAGCUCCUAACCUCCAAGCAUGUGCCUGGCUGUGGUGCCGAGUAACAGUGACCAUGCAAAUGAGUAGCCACAAAACUACACUGUUGUCCAGACCAUGGGGAAAAUCUGAGCUGGAAAAAUACAAGUACCAGCACCAGCAAUACUGUGUCCAAAAUGUAGACAAGCACACAGGCAAUUAAUAUUGGAGAAUCCAGGGCAACACCCAUUCAAAUAAAGCAUGAUAAAACCCAAGACAUUAAACUUGAGUGAAUAAACUCUGAUGACUGAA